GCAUGGCUGACGACCAUCCUGUUGCUCACAGUUGAAUCCUGACCAUAAUGCUUGGGGUUUUGGUUGCUGCUGCCGUUUUUCUGGAGGCCGUCUCCGCCAUCUCCCUCGGGAUUGUCUCUACCGAGGGAGGAACGGUGCAGGGAGAAAAUAUUCGCCUUGGGAAUCUGCGGCACAUGGAUGUCUUCAAAGGCAUUCCCUUCGCUGCCCCUCCUGGAAGGUUUGAGAAGCCAACGCGUCACUCUGGCUGGGACGGCACUCUGAAGGCCACUAGCUACAAGCCAAGAUGCUUUCAGCUGACGAUUCUCAUGGACGACGUCUAUGGCAGCGAGGACUGUCUCUACCUGAACAUCUGGGUUCCUCACAUCAACUCAGUGGCCUCCAAUCUGCCUGUCAUGGUCUGGAUUUUCGGUGGAGCCUUCUUGGUUGGAAGCUCGACGGGUGCUAACUUCCUGGAUAACUAUCUGUACAGCGGACAGGAACUCGCAGACAGAGGAAAUGUCAUUGUAGUGACAUUGGGAUACCGUGUGGGAUCCCUUGGCUUCCUGAGUGCUGGAGACUCUACUAUGCCAGGAAAUUAUGGAUUGUGGGACCAGCAGGCCGCCAUUGCAUGGGUGCACAGAAACAUUCGCUCAUUUGGAGGAGACCCCAGCAACCUCACCGUCUUUGGAGAGUCCGCCGGAGGAGCCAGUGUUGGUUUACAGAUUCUCACUCCCCACAACCAGGGAAUAAUCAGGAGAGCCAUCUCCCAAAGUGGGGCCGCCCUUUGCCCUUGGGCUAUCAACAGAAAUCCUCGCAAGUUAGCUGAAGAGGUUGCUCUGCAAGUCAACUGUCCCACCGAUAGUCGCAUGGCCACAUGUUUGAGAAUGACCGACCCCAAGGCUCUGACAUUGGCAGGAAAGAUCCAUCUCUCUGGCUCACCUGACGACCCUCUGGUGUACAACAUGGCUCUGUCUCCUGUGAUUGAUGGCGACUUCCUGCCGGAUGAUCCAUCCAAUCUGUUCCACAACGCCGCCGACAUCGACUACAUAGCCGGAGCCAACGACAUGGACGGACACAUCUUCACAGGCAUUGAUGUCCCAUCAGUCAACUCUGCAUUGUUGGACACCCCUAUUGAUGAUGUUAAGAGGCUCUUGGCUUCCUUCACCAAGGAAAAGGGAGCGCUUGGUUCGGAAAACGCCUUCUCCACGUACACCCUGGACUGGGGAAGCAAACCCAGCAGGGAGACUGUCAAGAAAACUGUUGUGGCCAUCGAAACGGACUACCUUUUCCUGAUUCCCACUCAGGCUGCUCUUUAUCUUCAUGCCUCCAAAGCAAGAACUGGUCGCACCUACUCGUACGUCUUCUCUGAGCCCAACCGUUUGGGAGGCCUUCUCGCCCCCUUCCCAGGCUGGCUGGGCGCCGACCACGCUGACGACCUGCAGUACGUCUUUGGAAAGCCCUUCUCCACCCCGCUGGGCUACUGGCCGCGCCAUCGGGACGUCUCCGGGUACAUGAUCGCCUACUGGACCAACUUCGCCAAAACGGGAGACCCUAACCAAGGAGGCCUGAGCGUCCCGGUUUCGUGGCCAGAAUUCACGUCCAGUGGACACCAGUUUGUGGAGAUCAAUAGCGGCACGGACGGCACGUCUGUGGGAGAGAAGCUGAGGAUGCGCUUUGUGAACUUCUGGACCAGCGUCCUGCCCAACCUUCCCACCAUGUACGCGGACUCAGAGUAAAGAGCUGCGGCUGGAGAUGAAGCCCUCGAUCACAAGCCUUGGUUUAUAAAAAUAAAUGGAUGAAAGAAAUAAAAAA